AAAAAAUGGAACUUUUUCAUGAGGUUCUGGUGCGUCGUUAUAAACUGUCAGCUGCAUUGGGAGAAACCUGCUUCUUGUGAGCAGCAGGCAAUCAAAGAGAAGAGCAUGGUGCGCAAACUGAAAUUUCAUGAGCAGAAGCUUCUCAAGAAGCUAGACCUGGUGAACUGGGAAGCUGCAUCAGGCAAUCUAGCUGAGCUGCGUGUGCUUCGUCGUUACCGUAUACAGCGGAGGGAAGAUUACACUCGCUACAAUCAGCUUAGUCGGGCUGUUCGGGACCUAGCACGCCGAAUCAGAGACCUGGGUGAUGUACCAGAAUCAGCGGGUUUCCGUGCUAGGAGCACUGCUGCUCUUCUGGAGAAGCUUUAUGCCAUGGGUGUGGUACCCUCUAAGAGCUCUCUUGAGCAGUGUGAUCGAGUCUCGGCCUCUUCCUUCUGCCGUCGCCGUUUGCCUUGUCUGCUCAUAAAGCUCCGUAUGGCGCAAAACUUGAAAUCUGCUGUUACCUUUGUGGAGCAAGGACAUAUCCGGGUGGGACCAGAAGUUGUAACAGACCCUGCAUUCUUGGUGACCAGGGCCAUGGAGGACUUUAUUACCUGGACUGAUUCCUCUCGCAUCCGACAACAUGUACUCAACUACAAUCAGGAACGGGAUGAUUUUGAUCUAGUUUGUUAAGAACAACCUUUCUUUGGUUAUGCAUUUGGGUGAUUACACCUUAAAUAACUCAGUUAAACUCAGCUUCAGGAGAUGUCUUUUAUUUGUUUUGCUUGCUUAGUUGUGUAUACAGAGUAUAGUUGUACACAGACUGUAAACCAAACACAUUCAUUUGUGAUCAGGUGCCAUUUUUAUCACUGCAUGGUUAGGUUGUCUGUCAGAAAGAAGUGGGGGACAACAAUCUCAUAUGGGCAUCUUGCAAAACAUCCUGUGUGUUCCUUUUUAUUGACUUCAUUUUGGAUGACGGUGAAGAUUAACUGGAUUGCAUCUGACCUCUUUCUAGAAGAUAGUAUCAAAUCUUGUUUCUUCUAGAAUGCUUUAAUUAAAACAGACUUUAUUAUUCCCUUUUGAUCACAACUUGGAUGGCUGCCUACAACAAAUCUAUGCAGUCAUUUUAAGAUUUAUUUUUUCUUGGCAUCUCAGCAAGCUUAUGUUCUGUUUGUUUCUAUAGUAACAUGUUCUCUAUUAAUGUACAAGCUGUUAUGCCAAUGUUAAACUAUUGGCUGGAACUUAAGAUUUUGAACUGGUUAUUGACUGUACGUCUUUAUGCUAUCCAUAGCAUCUACAAUAAUGGAAAGAAAUUUACUCUAAUUAUAGUUAUAUUGUAUAAUACCUCAAAACAUUAAUUUUGAUUUCAGUUUUGGAGCGUAAAGAUACUUAAAAUUUUUGUGUCAUCUGUAAAAUCUCUUAAAAUUUACUCCCAGCUUUCUGCAGUUUAAAACAAAUGUGCUUAUUAAAUCCUGUAAUAAACUGCAGAUUGGAAC